AUGGGACAAAUACUAUCUAACCCUGUCAUUGACAAGGAGAGCCACUCCGGAGCCGACCCAUUGACCGCAUUUGGAUUAUGUGCCAUGCAAGGAUGGCGGAUGUCAAUGGAGGAUUCACACAUUCUAGAGCCUAACGUAUUGACAAAGUCCGAUAAAGACCAUAUUGCAUUUUACGGCAUAUUUGAUGGGCAUGGUGGCGCUAAAGUGGCAGAAUACUGUGGUAACAGAAUAGUGGAGAUUUUACAAGAGCAAAAAUCGUUCCAUGAGGGAAAUUUGCCAAGAGCUUUGAUUGAUACUUUUAUAAGCACAGACGUGAAACUUUUGCAAGACCCUGUGAUGAAGGACGACCAUAGCGGUUGUACGGCAACGUCCAUAUUGGUAUCGAAAUCCCAAAACUUACUGGUAUGUGGAAAUGCUGGUGACAGCAGAACAGUGCUGGCCACAGAUGGAAAUGCAAAGGCCCUAUCGUAUGACCACAAACCUACGCUAGCUAGCGAAAAAUCGCGAAUCGUGGCAGCAGAUGGGUUUGUAGAGAUGGAUAGAGUAAACGGUAAUUUGGCCCUUUCUCGUGCCAUCGGUGAUUUCGAGUUCAAGUCCAACACCAAACUAGGCCCCGAGGAGCAAAUAGUAACGUGUGUUCCAGACAUUCUCGAACACUCUUUAGAUUACGAUAGGGACGAGUUCGUGAUCUUAGCCUGUGAUGGUAUCUGGGAUUGUUUAAGUUCCCAAGACUGUGUGGACUUGGUUCAUCUCGGACUGCGCGAGGGUAAGACCCUAAACGAAAUAUCUUCCCACAUCAUCGACGUGUGCUGUGCCCCCACCACAGAGGGAACAGGCAUCGGAUGCGACAACAUGAGUAUAGUCGUUGUUGCGCUGCUGAAAGAGGGCGAAGACGUCGCUCAAUGGAGCGACCGUAUGAAGUCGAAGGCCCACCAAACCUCAGUCCGCUCUUUUGCAGACAAGAGAAGGAGGGUUUUCAGCUACUACGAUUUCUCCAAGUGCAACGACGAACAAGUGUUCGCCAUCACUACGAAGAAACCUCAAGACAAGUUCACUAGGGACCAUGAAGCCGCAGUAGCCUCCGUGACCGCCGCCGACAACCACGAUGUCAUGGACAUAGACGACACAGACGCUGACACCGAUGCGGAAAACCUGGAUCCUUCCACCCAACCCAAGCACAAGACUUCAGGCCCCAUUGAUCUAGCCUCGCUAGAGGCUCUUCUUGGAGCUACUGGAGGAAUAAAGACAGACACCAACGGGAAAAAGGUCACCUACACUCUUCCCCAGUCAGCGCUGACCCAACUACUUCAAACCAUGGGCCAUGACCCAAGCUCCCUCCAUUCCGAUAAUGAUGAUAGCCGUGGCCACAAGACCAAUCGCUCCCAGUCGCAAUGA